AUGUUUGUUUGUUAUUUUCAUGCAAUACAUCAUGGCCUGUUUGGUACCUUGACUAUUGAUGUUCUUAGGGUUACUCCUGGAACUUUAAACUGUUGAAAGGAAAUUUGUCCAUAUUCAUGAAGCACCACUAUUUUCUUUUCGUUGCAAUUUCGUCUAAUGUUUGCAUACAGAAACGGAAUUUGUUUACUUGGUGUUUAUUUUUUCCACAGCACUUGGACGUCAUGAUUUGGUGCAUUAGGCAUAAGUUUUUGGAAAAUGUUGAGUCACGGUAUCCGAAUUCAGUCUCAUGGAACUUGCACGUCAGUGAAAGAAAAUUGGCUGCAAUUGAGCGAACAUGGCCCAAUUUAACUGGUUACACAGCAGAAACAGCUAUGCAGAAUGAGUCAACACUUUUCAUAGAGGAUGCACUUUCUAAUUUGCAGAUAGAGCAAGACAUUGGACGGACAGUGUCUGGUGAAUUAGAUGUCAGAAGUCUUCUAGGGGAUGCAUAUCAACUAUCAGAUUUAUCUGAAAUGGUUGGAGUAUCAGGACUCUAUCCCUUUAAGGAUUUGCGUUCAGCUGCUGAUAUUUUAUUUCUUCAUGGAACAUCAGAUGUGGCUGUUGCCAAGCAAGCAAUAGUAUCCUUGAGACUUUUUGUAUUUUCACCUGGUUUUGGAUAAUUAAUUUACAUCUCCAUAUGUUUGCCUUAAUCCCCUGCAGUUUUUGUACUAUUUGUUUGACAGACAUUGGUCUACACCUGAUGUUAACUGGAGGCAUAUUGUUGAUGAUUUUGCUACUUCCUUCAACAUACAUAGACGAUCAGUGCUGGAAUCAUUAGUUUUCUACCUUCUAGAUGAUCAUUCAGAUGAGGCUCUUCAUGUAACCUCUUCACCUCCCUUUAUGUAAAUUUCUUUCUAUCAAGAAUCAUUAGUUGUCAUACAGUACGAUAUCAUUAUUUUUAUUUAGUAAAUCUCUUAAUGAACCUUUCGUGUUUAUAGAAUAGUCAUUUUGAUGUAGCAUAAUGUGCGUGAUAUAUGAAAGUUUUAAGUUCUUUUGGUUUCGUCUGAAGGAUUUUUCUAUAUUUUUUUAUUGUUGAGAAUAUAUUUUAUCAUAUCAAACGUGAGUAGGAGAAAAUCAUCGGUUUGAAGGAAAGGUCAGUAGACUGAAUAGAAUUGCUUGUGAUGCUGGAGGAUUAGGAUGCUUGUGAUGAUAAUGAAUUUGGAAAGAUUUCUGUCUACCUUUGUUUCUUGGUGCACAUAAUUUAUGCAUAUGUGAACGGUCCUAUGAUAUAUCCAUGCACGUAUAUUAUUUUCCAGGAUUAUGCCUCAGACAACAAGCUCAUAUUCUGUCUGAUUUGACUGCAGUCAACUGAUAAGAGGUUGACAGAGCAUGAGAGAAUCAUUCUUUGUCUUUCAAAUGUACAAAAUCUAUGCUAGUGUUUCAACAAUCAUGUGCUUUCAUUUACAAUGCCCAGCUGGAAACCUCUAUUGCCAGUAAUUCAUAUUUUUGGAUUUUUAUAAUCGACAGUGUUCUGGGUAUGUUUAUUUUUUGAUCUGUUCGUUUUUCCUCCUACAAUUAAUAAAUCAUUUAUACCGUGAUUUCUUUUUCUUCUCUGACUGUAGCAAGCUAGCCAACUCCUCCCAGUAAUAGCAGGCCGAGAUACACAUCCAAAAGUAGCAGAAGUUCUAUUAGAACGACAAAGGCCUGACCUUGCACUUAUGGUCUUACGGUGCUGUGGUCGUGAUGGAUUUUCUGCACAUAGUAUCAACCAUGACGGUUCACUUAUAGUGUCCCUUAAUGUUGCUGUAACAGCUGUUCGGGUGAGAAUUGAAUGUGGACUAUUGACAGAAGCAUUUAUUUACCAGAGAAUGCACUGUUCUCAAGUGAAGGAAAAUAAGCUGAGGUGUGGAUCUUCUGAAGUAUUUUCAGAUGGUGUAGAAGAUGGACUAGGCUCUUGGGUGCGGCACCUUGAAGUGUUAGUGACUGAAAUCUGUUCGCUUUGUGUGCGAAGAAAUUUAGUGGAUAGAAUGAUUGAGUUACCUUGGAAUUCUGAUGAAGAAUUAGUUCUCCACAAGUGUCUAUUUGAUAAGGCUUGUCAACAGCCUUCAUCAAUCAAUGGUAGCCUUCUUGUUGUGUUCUAUCUUCAGGUAGCUUCCUAUUAUUUUUAUUUCUUAUUUGUGCUACUAGCCUUGAAUUCUUUUUAGAAGAACUUAAAUAAAUACAGAAAAAGGAAACGACGUGUUUGCAUCUACUAAAAGUAACAUCAUUUUUUUUUCAUCUUUCAAGUUCAUUUUCCUGCGAGGGAGGAUCCCUCUCUCCCUUUUCAUGAGCUCUACUUUCUUCAAAUGUUUAUGUUUGAUGCCUUGCCAAUUUCUUUGUUUUAUCUUCAAAAUCCAAUGAGACCAAAGCCAUUCUGGUUACUUCGACUUUCAUGUAGGUCCUCAUUUUUUAGCGGUGUGAUUUAAUGCCAUCGAAAUCUACUUAUACUAUUCGGGUUUAACCAUAUGAGGUAAUUUAUUAUUGCCUUGGUUUUUGAAUAUUAUUAUCUAUACGGCGACCCAAAUUUUACUUGACAGUUGUCCAUUGUAUUUCCAGCAACGCAGUCAGUUUUGGAGAGUUUUAGCUUAUUUAAAAUUUACAGCUAUGUUUUUUUAAACUUAUACUUUACCCCGAAGAAUGGGUUUUCGUAGCUGCCUCAUGUGAGAAUUGGAGUAUAAAUUCCCAGGGGCAGAUGAAGCUGGGCAAUUCUGUACUGUGGAAUUUGGCAACGUCAGAUGUAAUUCGAAUUAGGGUUAUGAUGAAAAAAAUUCAGUUAAUGUAAUAUUCUAAUCAUAGUUGAUUUUUAAUUUUGAACUGGUUGGAUUAGGCUGAUUUCCUUUGGGAGUCACAUCAUCAUUAAAUUUUAUGUUUUUUCGUUUUGCCGAGGUGGACACACUUUCUUCUUUUUGAAAUUUAUUACUUCUAUACUUUAUUUUUCUUGUACCAUAUUCUGUUCGGGUUUGCUGACAAACUUUAGGAGGUUAUAGCGACUCUGACUUUUUGCUGCUUAUAGUUGCACUAUGACACUUAAUAGCAUCAUGUUACUGGGUAGAGCCUUCCACCCCCCUCCUUUGGCGAAAGAUAAUCUCGGGAUACAGCUCUAAAAACGAGGGUUAUGUAUAAAAUAAAAUGAAUAUCACUUAUGCUUGGUAAAGUGAGUUUGGGGGCCAACCUUUGAAUGAAAUCAUUCAUACUCCUAGAGAUUUGCUACAUCAAUGCCAUUCUUAAAUUCGCUAUUUUUGGAAGUUAUCCUCACGAAUGGGUUGAAAUGUGUGAUGGAAUCAAGGCUGAUGGUUAGAUGUGAACCUCUAUUGUGGAAGAAUCGAAUGGACAGUGUCCAGACUCCGGGGAGUCAAGUACGGUUCUGGGGUUUAUUGUUCGAAUAAACUGGGCUUGGCUGGGCUUGGCUGGUGAAACAAAUGGUCGCGGGAAGAAUGGAUGAGUAGUCCUAAAAGCGUCAGAGUUCAAAAACCUGAUGAAGCAGCUACGGAUGCUUUGUUAGGAGACAAACGAGGAUCCUAAGAUAAAAAGAUCUAUAUCACGAAUGGCAUGAAUCUCACAUCUAUGGAUUCGUACAAUGUUAGUAUUGUUGAAAGACCAAGCUACUAAAGUUUGUGGAAAGUCAUAUCAUGUUUAAAAGUCAGGCGUUUGUGUCGCAGCAUCAUAGAAGAAUUGUGGGAAAAGCGUUCAGAAAUGGAUCACUGACUGGCAUAAUUUUUAGACUACCGAAUUAAUAGUGAAGAACGGAGUAACUUUAUAUGAGUUGUCAUACAUUGUUUUCUAUUUGCUAGUACAAAAGUUAUGCACAAUCGACAACUUCUCAAGGAGAUGAGUCUGUCUUAUAAGCCAUUUUAGUCUUUCAUCAAUAGCUGGGGGACUUCUUAGUGAAUUUUUCAUAAACAAGCCAGGGAACUUUCUGAGAUAACUUUCACUGUAGUUUGUUGAUGUGCUUCUCAUUUCUGUAUUCCCAAAAACAAGCGAAAUAAGAGUGCAUGCUACUACCUCCGUGUUAUACAUUGGGAGAUGGCAUUGUGGGUUUGAGUAGUGACGGCUGUGGAUCUAUGCCCUUUGUGGAAAACUGUUCAAAUGAGCAUUGUUCUGUGCGGUUUUCCUUUCUUACAAUUAUAGUAUUGACGCCUUUUUCUUUGGAGAUUUAAAUCUUACAGCUCUUGCCUGACCAUAAAUUCUUAAAAUCCAUUGGGCUUUACAAUUGGUAUUCUAUUCGCGUAGAUGAUCAUAUCUGUAUGGAGAGAAUAACCGUCUUUUGGGUACACAGUGAAUAGGUUAUGAGUCGUUUUCUCCAGUUUCCUUUCCAAAACUACUCUCUGCAUAAGCUUUUGUGAAAAUUUUGGAUCGGAAAGCGGACAUUCGGUUUUCUCCUUCACAGUAAGCAAUGUGUAUACUUUAUUCAGUAGAUGAAGUAAGAAAACGGUAUAUAUACUUCUUGUGGAAUCUUCUCUCAAUCACAUUUGAUGAUCAAAUACCAUUUUUUUUAUAUUACUUUCACGCUUGUUGACCAUGCACAUUUGAUUAGCCAUAACAAUCAAACCCACCUAUGGAUCAUGUAGUAUAUAUUCUUUUUUCAAAGUGUUAACCAUUAUUUGCUGACACGAGUUUUGAUUUACUCAGUUCUAUCAGAUUCAAUUCUGGAUUAUUGUCACUACUUACUGCAUCAAUAAUUCUAUUUCCAUCUUGCUUCCAGCGAUGUCGGUAUGUUGAAGCCUAUCAAAUUGACGACAAACUUAGGAGCUUGGAGCAAAAUUUCUUUCAGACUGCUUCUGAAGAAGAAGUUUCCAAGAUAAGGUCAAUAAGUCAGUGGAGAGAAGGACUGAUAGUAAGUAUCUCUUGGUUUCAGUGUUCUACAUACAAUUUCAUCACCUAUACUGAGAAGUCCAAGCACCAAACAUGAGUUGACUAUGUGAAUGAGUACAAUCUGUACUAUGACGAAAACUAGGAUACCGAAACAUACAUUUCCUUUUUUGGUUGGGAAUGUGAUAGUGUGAUGAUUAUUGACUAAAUUUAGUCCUAUAAGCUGAAGAUUGAGGUUCUGGCGAGUCCUUGAAUGACCAAUGUGGCCGUUUUUUUAUUUCGAGCCUGCUUUGCCAAUACUGGUCUGAACAGCUUAAUCUUGUAUGGGAUGCAACCACAUUGUCUUAUAUCCCUGUUAACUAGGGCAUUAAAAAUCAUACGUGAUCAAGCUACUAUUUCUUUGUUAUUCUUCAAAUUUGGUCCAUACUCUUCCUAGUUGGUUGGUAUUCCUUGAGUAAGAAAAUCAUUUUCUAUUCCUAGUUAUUUUUGUUCUUCGAUUUGAAAUUGACGGAGGUCGUUGUAACUGAAGUGAGGUAAUUGAUAUUUAUCUUUAUUAUGAAUAUUGAUUCAGUUAUGAAUGAGUAUUUAUCUUUACUAUGAAUAUUUAUUAUGAGUAUUUAUCUUUAUUAUAAAUAUUUCUCUCUCUCUCUCUCUCUCUCUCGCUCCACCGAAUGAGUGAUGGGCUGCCCCUGCCCCACACAUUUUUUUUUGUCGUGGAAUCAUUUUAAUCUUUUCACUUUUUUUUCUCUGCUCCGCAUUCGUUUCUUCUGCUUUGACUUUUGAAGUUCAACAUGAAAAUAAGAAAAAAAUAAAUCUUAGAGCUGAUUACCCCGUCAACAAACUAUUUUUACCAUGGCCGUUACCAGGCCAUCUGCUGCAAAAUAAAUAUGGAAGUUGGAGUUUUCCUAUAAAUUCCAAGCCGGAGUUGCUGUUUGGAAUAUCAAUUUCAUACCAAGUGCUGAUUCCCACUUUCAUUUCUGGCAUCUCCCGUCCACUGUUUCAUCCCCAGUCUUGUGAGACAUGGCCACCACUCAUUUCCAUCUCCCCAAUUUACAAACAUGAGUGGCUAACUGUCCCAGUUGUCUUUUGUUACCAAAUAGUAUUCUAUGUCAGCGCACACUACCAAUGUCUUGUUAGAUUGGCACUUCGUUUUUCUGUGGAGGCCUACAGAAAAUAUGGCUUUCUCUUUUCACUACCAGUGUGCGAGAUUGAAGAGCGAAAAUGAUGAAGUCAACAGUUUUUAUAAGUAGAUCAACUGGUGGUAUGUAGUGUGGUUGUCUUGUGUCAAUUGCCUUUGCCGUCGGAAUCCUACUGGUUCCUCCCUUGUCCUUGUCAAUGUGGAAACUUCAACGCUGUUCCAUUCUUGCUGCUGCCUGAGACUAAAGGAGUGUGGCAUCAGUGCCCCAUCUGUUCCAUCCCCAUUGUGCCCCGUAUUUCAUAUUGCUGCUGCCAUCCGUUCGUUCUCUUCUAUUUUUAGCCUCAGCUUUUCAGUUCUGACUUUUCGAUAUCAUGACAUCUUGUUUCUUUACUCUGUUGCAAAAACCAAGACCCAACAUCCAGACCAUCCGCACAGGAUUGCAUUGCCUGUUGGGUGAUGGAGAGACUGUCAACCCAUGGUGCAAGCCUGCUUCACUCCUGAUUUGUUGCCUGAUCUGACCUCUGAAAGACUUUCAUUUCCAGAACAUCAGCUGGAACAGUCAUUCUUGAUCACCACCAACCUGGCACAACGAUAUAAGAGUGUGUUACACCUUUAUUCAGGGUUCCUCCCUCUCUAUGAAUUGGCAUAAGAAACAAAGCUAACCGUUAGAUAUGGUAAGUUAAUUUCUACUUGAAAUCGAAAUAGAUACUGAAGAAAAUAUUUCACUUGGUAAAUUCUUUUCUACUUGGUAAUUGAGUAACAGCAUAAAGCUAAAUGUUUUUCUCUGUUUCUUCUCCUGCAAAUAAAAUAAUACAUGACAGACACAAACAUUUGAUUUAGUCAUUUUUCAAGAUGGAUCCUGAUCAAUGACUAUGUUACAGGUCAAUUACUCAGCCAAAAUACCAUUUUUAUUUUGAAGCAGAAACACAUUUUAAUGUGAGAAUGUAAAUUCAUGUUAUCCAUAAAUGGUAUGAUGCUGUAUAAUUGGUGGUAGCAGGGGUUGAAGUCUGAGGGUGUAUUUUAUACAGUUAUUUACACUUGCUGCUCUUGAUAUCUAUAGAAAAAAUACUUUUGUCGUUGUGGGAAGCAAUGUGAUGGUGAAUGCCCUUGAUUCUCUCUCUCUCUUGGUCUUUGACCUUUCUAAUUGUGGUGCAUGGUCAACCACAUGUUAUUUUUUCAUUUGUUCGAAUCUGUCAAUAAGUAAAUUAGACGUGGACAUUUUCAUAAUAUAAGAUAGGAUGUACUACUGGUGUAGGCAUUUUUCUACUUCAUUUUUGUGAACUAUGAAUAAUGCUGAUUAUGCUGUUGCCAGAAUAAAUCAAUUGAACUACUACCUGAGGUACAACGCGUGCAACUCAAAUCAGGAAAUUCGAUUGCGAUCAAGUCUCUAACUGCUAAGGAUGUUGGUUUCACUCACGAGGAACCUCCAAAUUCAAGUAACUCCCUUGUUGACUCAUCUCUUCGGGCGUCGUUUGUUCUUCAUGCUGAUAAUACCUCUAUUAUGAGCAAAACUUCUGGCUACGUGCACAAGGAAGUUAGUUCAGCUGGUUCGUUUGGUACUAAUGCUCCACGUGGUCAGAAUAAGCAAAAUCUUGUAUCUCGGGGAAGUUCUGUUGUGCCAGGCCCAGAUGCCUCUGGAAAAUAUUCAUCAUAUCCUCCUAAUGGUGGACCUCCAGGCCCAAAUGGCUUUUCUCCCGCGGAAGCAGUGCACAAGGAUGGCGAAAGUCAGCAGUAUCCAUUCGGUGACUUAUCCAUCCAAAGAUCCAUUGGUUCUCCCGUCACACCUUUUGAAUGGAAAUUGAGUCGAUCAUCAGCACUUGACACUCGAUUUCAAGAUGAAAAUGCUACUGGCCUUGCAGAAAAGGCUACAUUUUCGUUUCUCCGCAGAGCAUCUGUCCAAGAGCACCCAAGUCAGGUUGAUGCCAUACACAAGAGUGUUGUGUCUUAUAAUUCGUAUGCUGAUAACAUUUCAGCCAGUUCUGUGAAAGGAUAUCAGCCUGGUCAAUUUGCACCUUCAGUUUCUUUGGAGCAAGAAAAAAAAACCAAUGCCUUCUGGAGGUAACACAACAUUUUCUCCAUAAUUUUUUCCUUGGGUCAUAACAUAUGCUCUCAUUACAGAAGAAAUAUUCUCGGUGUUUGACGAAUAUUAAGGAGCUUUACUCUUUAAAAGGAGUUGCUAUAAACCUUUAUUGUUGAGCAUUUUUUUUCCUUGCUGUUUGUCAAAAAGCUCAGAUGUUUUUGUAGAUUCAUGUCGUGAUUGUUGGUGAAGUUAAUACAUGAGCUUGGAUUUGAUUGCAAUAUGGAUUUGCUAUGGACUAUCUGUUGUUGUUUACUUGCAUAGACCUGCCUGUUUCCAGGCCUGAUUGAGUUGUGAUGUGUUAGGCUUGGUCAACCCUCAUGAGACCUGCCCAUAUAAGAUGAGCAGUCUGGAUUUGCUAUGGACUAUCUGUUGUUGUUUACUUGCAUAGUCCUGCCAGUUUUCAGGCCUGAUUCAGCUGUGAUGUGUAAGGCUUGGUCAACCUCAUGAGACCUGCCCAUAUAAGAUGAGCAGUCUGGAAAUGCUUCAAGCUCUUUUGUUGUCACCGAGUUCCUGCACGCUGGGGGGUUCAUCGUGUGGUCUGCAAGCCCUACAGCUCAAUCCAGGCUCCCAGAGACGUUCACACAGAUUAAGAAUCAUAUUUUUUUCUACCUCUUUCAUGUAUAAAUUAUUUCAAGAUUCAUCAUUGUUAUUAUCUAACACCCAGAUGUUCAGGCGUCUCAAACCUCUAGGACAUCCAGACUAUGCUAAUAGCCUUAAUAUCCUUAUAAGCUGUUCUUCACCUGGGUGGCUUGUCAGUUUCAGGCUCAACUAUUCUAGGGAUUGUUAGCACGCAUAGCUUAAGUUUGGCUAUAUUUGGACACAACAGUCAAUAUGUUUUUGUGAUUAUCAAGAAGACUAGAAGAAUCAUGGUAGCCUCAUCGAGCUGAGACCUGAUUAGGCAACUCCGGCGAUAAUUUCUUUUCCACAGAUAAUUGCAAUUCCAUCAAGUUUCCUAGAUGGCAGAAGUUGAUUGGAUUUUGCAGAUUCUAGGCAUAUGACAUAGAUAAAUGUUUCUAGGAUCAAGUGUGUGUAUAGUCUCAUCUUGUGAGAUCCUGCUGGUGUAGUACAUGGGACAUGACAUAGAAUUUUUUCCGUAGAUAUUCUUAUAGAUUUAGACUCUUAUUUCAUUUGGAUCAAGUUGGUUCUUCUGAAACUUUCUUUUCUGCUGAGAUGCUUGAAAUGUAUUCACUUGGUUGAUCCUUGUAGGUCCGACGAGAGAGAGACACCCAAGGCCAUGAACACGAACGGCGUACCGAGAUGGCGAUCAGAUGACUCUAGUGAAGACGAAGAUAAAUCCGAGUCAUUUAUGGGCAGCAGGAUGUCCUCUCUUAAACGAAGAAGCAAACACGGAAGAAUAUGA